CCCGAAUCAUGCCCGAUAGCCGCCGAGUGGGGCUUAUUUGACGGAUCCGGGGCCGGUUGUCGGCGAUUAGGUGUGGGAGCACGGGCCAUCUUCCAGAAACAUCAUGCCACUUCUCAUCUCAUCUUGGAUCUUGGAUGGUCUUGGAUGAUGGAAAACAUGCUCAUCCUGAAUAUCGUCCCGGAACAGAACGGGAGGAGGCCGUGAAAGUUCCAGACUCGGUCGUAUGUCUGUGCAGCUGACUGAGCGGGUUUGAGGCCAUUCCAAGUCACAUGUGUUCCUUGACCCCGAACAUGUCGGCGACCAUCCAUGAUUGAUAACUCGGCGACGUUCAUCCCCGAGACAUGGACGCGGCCCGGCCCCGGGACUCGGUCGCGAUGUGUGUGAUAUAUCUGUCCGUGAGAUCCGUGGUGUUUGAGCUGAUAUUUUGCAACCGUUCUUGAUCCAGUAAUAAACACCGAUUUUCACACACAUCAGCAACCAUCACAAAUCUCACCAUGACAUCUUUACAACCCUAUCUCGCUGAGAUCUGCCAGACGACAACCGGUCUCUUGACAAGCAGCACCUGCGCUCCAUGUCUCUACCACAUCCGACGUCUCGCAACAUCGAUUCCAAGGAGUGCAUCAACGAUCGCCACCACAAAAUCUCACAUCUCAACCUCUUCAACGACAUCACCCAACCAAAGGAGAUCAAUCCACCAAUCCCAUCCCCCUCGCUCACCACAACGACAACAUACACAUCUCCAUCGCAUAAACCCCUUGCAAGCCUCAUCACCCCUUAACAGCCGAACAUACACCACCUCGCCCUCCUCUUCACCCCCACCGCCUGAACCAACAAUAACCCCCAUCUUCGAACCCGUAACCUGCACAUUCCAAUACCUCGUCGCCGACCCUCUCACCCUCGUCGCCGACCCUCUCACCCUCGUCGCCGCCAUCAUCGACCCCGUCCUCGACUACUCACUAACCGACAACUCCAUCACCACCACCUCCGCCGACGCUUUACUCUCUCUCAUCCAAUCCAAGAGUUACAAAAUCGCUUGGAUUCUCGAAACGCACGCCCACGCCGAUCACUUAUCUGCUUCUUCCUACUUGCAGAAACGGUUGACGGAGAUUCAAGGGGAGGAGCACAAACCGCCUAUUGGCAUCGGCAAACGGAUCGGGACUGUGCAGAGUUUGUUUUCAAAGAGGUACGGGGUGCCGGAGGAGGAAGUCAAGGAGGUGUUUGGUUAUCUGUUCGACGACGACGAGGUGUUCCGGAUUGGCAACUUGGAAGCGAAAGCGAUUCAUCUUCCGGGGCACACGCCCGAUCAUCUGGGGUACAAGAUCGGGGAUAACGUUUUCUGUGGCGACAGCCUGUUUAACGCGGACAUAGGGACUGCGAGGUGUGAUUUCCCCGGUGGGAGUGCUCAUGAUUUGUACCACUCCGGUCGGAAAUUGCUUCAGAGCUUGCCGGAUGAAGCCCAGAUUUGGACGGGACAUGAUUACCCGCCUGAGGACAGGAAGGAGCCGGUUCCGUGUUUGACGGUUAAGGAGCACAGGGAGAGGAAUAAGCACUUGAGGGAUGGAAUCACGGAAGAAGAGUUUGUGAAAGCCAGACAGGAGAGGGAUCGGAACCUGGCGGCGCCGAGGUUGUUGCAUCAGAGUUUGCAGGUAAACAUUCGGGCGGGUAAGCUGCCGGGGGAGAAUGAGAGUGGGUUGAGGUUAUUGCAUCUGCCGGUUAAGAUUAAGACGGACAAGAAGUGGUGAUUUGGACGAUUUGGUAGGCAGAGGGGCAGCUAAGAAGGGGAAGGGAAAAGGAAAGGGGAGAGGCGCGCACCUUGAAUACACUCAACUAAUACAUUACCCACCUUUCAUGUGUGUUCACCGCGGUUGACACGGCUCGUCAUGUGUCCCAGGCCUUCUCGACCCAAGUUUAUGCCUUAAACUCUGUACCAAACGCUUCACCUUGAUUUCUACAUGUCGAAGCACAUCUAAAUUAUGUGUUCUUGCUCAAUGCUUUGGCAUUUCAAUGUGUCUCUGUGGCCUUUCGGGAGUUUCGGAAGGCCUUGUUCGGGUUCGGAGCAUUGGACUCAAAGUAUUGCGUUUGCUUUCACGAUGGGAUAAGACAGUGAGAUCAUUAUGAGAUG